ACAUCAUUGUUAUUUUCAGUGGAGCUGCAGCUUAGAGGUGGAUAAAGUUCGUCUCCACGUUGGAAGUGAUACAAAGUAUUAUCUCUCAGGCUCCUUUUGUUUGUACGAAAAAAGGGUAAUAAACAAAAUAAGAAGAUUGAGUUGUUAAAGACACAGGACCAGCGGAGGAACUGCGACUUUUGUUGACGAGCGACCGCGUCACGAAGGAAAACUUUUCUCAGGACGCUAACUUGUCAGUGAGUUGAACUUCAACAAUAGGCGGACUCUUAUCAGUUGACAUUUGGGACAUAAAGGAUUUUUGGGACACAUGUAAAUUGUUUUUUUUCCCGUCUCAAUCAACCGGACAGCAGCCUUUAAAGGAGACACGAACUUUAUGUCUAGGAAAAUGGAAGCGACCUUUUACGACGAAGCCGUCAAAGCUUCCAACUCGCAGCACGAAGGAGCGGCUAUGUUUGGCUUCAACCCCAAAAUUCUGAAACAAACCAUGACUUUGAACCUUAACGACCCUAAAAACUUCAAACCUCACCUGGGUGCUAAAGCCCUAGACAUCCUGACGUCUCCCGAUGUGGGUUUACUGAAGCUGGCCUCGCCUGAACUGGAGAGACUGAUAAUCCAGUCCUGCACCAGCCUCACGACUCCGACACCAACCCAGUUCCUGGGCCCAAAAAACACUACCGACGAACAGGAGGGUUUCGCCGAGGGCUUUGUGAGGGCUCUGGCUGAGCUCCACUACCAGCAGCAGAUGCCGGUCGGGCAUCCCGGCGGCGCGCAGGCCGGCGGUGUUGUGUCAGGCACCAGUGGGUCCGAGGGCGGCGGGAUGUCUUACAGCUGCACGGCGCGCGCCGAGCCGCCUGAGUACACCAACCUGGGCGCUGGGUACCGGGCUGUGGGUUCUGCGUCAGCACCUGGCGCCGAGAAGCAACCGCCGCCGCCACCACCACCACCACCAGCAGCAACCACGGGAUACCCGUCGGCCUCUCAGCCUUCUCACAGCCACAUGGACCACCAGCAACAGCACCCGCGGCUACACGCGCUCAAAGAGGAACCUCAGACCGUGCCGGAGAUGUCCGGGGAUACCCCGCCUCUGUCCCCCAUAGACAUGGAAUCCCAAGAGCGCAUUAAGGCCGAAAGGAAGCGUAUGAGAAACAGGGUAGCCGCGUCCAAGUGCCGGAAAAGGAAGCUGGAGAGGAUCUCCCGGCUGGAGGACAGGGUCAAAAACCUCAAGAGCCAAAACACGGAGUUGGUUUCCUCCGCUAACGUCCUGAGAGACGAGCUGGCCCUGCUGAAGCAGAAGGUCAUGGACCACGUUAACAGCGGCUGCCAGCUCAUUUUGACGCAGCAGCUACAGGGUUACUAAAACCGCACGUAGACCAAUGCCAAGUGACAGUAAUUUGGGGACCAAAAAGCAAUUGACACUGGCCUUAUCUCAUAAAUGAUCUGCUUUUGUGAUGACCGAGGUCAUUAUUAAAAUAUAUUGCACAUAUGCUCAGCUCAGAGGAGACCAUUGGCUUAUAAUUUCACGACACGUUAGCAUUUUUUUUUUUUUGAAAAACCAACAAAAUCAUGUAUGUCUACAGCCAAGGAGACAUGGCAGGUGUCCCAUAACAUGCCAGCAGUUUGUCUGUUUUUAAAGGCGUCAGUCUUCCAUCCUGUUUGGUAAAAAAAAACAUAAAAAAAAAAA